GAAAUAAAGUCGCUUCGCGCGAAAAAUAUCGCUAGUGAAAAACCGGCUUUAGACAGAAGUUUGAGUAUUUUACAAUGGUAAUUUCGGACCUAAAUACAAAAAUUAAACAAAUGGACGAAGAAAAACAGAGUUUGGUUGUGGCGUUAAGGAUUUUACAAGAGAAAGAGAUCUCAAAAGAAAGUGGGAACAAAAAAUCAGCCUUUACUGAGGUGGCUAAAAAUCAGAAACAACACACUCCUGAAAUCCCCAAAAGUAUGUCUCCUAGCCCACAUAACAACACAAAAAAACCGCAACAUAACAAUACAUAUGAUGUACCAGCAAUUGAAGACGAUAAUGAAUCCAAUGAUGAUCAGAAUCUAGCUUCGAAAAGUCAAAAUACAAACAUUGAAGAGCAUGGCGAUCAAGAAAGGUCUACUGUUAAUGGUCAGACAGAAAGGGAUGGACAUCAACAAACUGAUGAACAUACCGAAUCGCAACCAGCAGAAAAAGCUAGUACUGCAAAUUCUGAAUACCGUGAGGUAAAUAAUCAUAGAACAAAUGAAACAACUAGGCAGUCCUCGUUGAUCAUUGGAGAUUCCAUGAUCAAGCGUAUCAAACCACAAAAGCUAUCAAAGAGCCCUGUAAGCAAAGCAAGUUUUCCUGGGAAAAGGGCAGAAGAAAUUAUACCUGAAAUAAAUGGAAUGCAGAGCAAUUUAUUAAGCUCUUCAAAGGUUAUUAUUCAUGCGGGCACAAAUAACCUUUCAACCGACACAAGCAAAGAGUGCUGUGAUAACAUUGAAAACCUUUGUAAAUGCUAUCCAAAAUAAAAUGCCCAAUGCCAAAAUUGGUGUGUCUGGCCUUGUAGUCAGAAAGGAUAUAGACGUAGAGUCUAAAAUCUCUGAAACGAAUGAACUACUUAAAGAUAUGUGCAAGAGAAGAGGAUACACAUUUAUUAACAAUUCAAACCUAAACGAAAGCUGUCUUAAUGGAAGCAAGUUACACCUAAAUCCUAAAGGAUCUUCCUUCCAGGCUGUAAAUUUCAUCAGAUUCCUGAGAGAAGGACGAACACCACCAUCUGAUUAACAUCGUUCAAACCGGGAGGAUUUUCAGCUAGAUACCCUGCAUCGCCUUGCAGAACUAUUGAAAAUAGUCAUGACUCAUCCACAAGUUCCAGGGAGAACGAGGACACAUCGAUAACUUCUCUGCAGUGUGACUAUACAUCCGUAAGUGAAUAUACUUCUGAGAUUAUUAAUAUUAAUAAGGUAAAAGGCUUUAAGAUUGCAAAUCUCAAUGUUAAUAGCCUUUUAAA